AUGGUUCUGGAGAUCAGAAAUGCAAAAACGGGUUUCCCUGAGCUAAAAUCCACAUGUCAGCAGAGCUAUGCUCCUUCUGGAGGCUCCAGGGGUGAAUCCUUGCCUUUUCCAGCUUAUAGAGGCCUCUCAACAUUCCUUGCCUCCGAUCAUGGCAUUGUGACACUGCUACUGCUCAGUUGCUCAAUCAUGUCUGACUCUUCACGACCCAAUGGACUAGCACACCAGGCUCCUCUGGCCUCCACUAUCUCCCACAGUUUGCAUCCCUCUUCUACCAACAAGGACCUUUCACUUACAAACCUCACCCAGGUAAUCCAGGGUCAUCUCCCCAUCACAGGAUCUUUAAUUAUACUGAAGAUCCCCUUUGCCCUGUAA